UUGUUCUCUCUCUCCCUCUGGCUCUUGCCACUUCCCGCGCUCUCUCCCCUCCCACUUUGCUGUCUCUUCUCGCAGGUCGUAUCACUGACAGAUCCCAGUGCAGAGUCAAGUGUAUAAGAGAGAGCAGAAAGUGGCGAGAGCUCAGAAAUUGCGAGGAGGCGACAGACACAUGAAGUUCCUGAGAGGAGAGGUGCCAGGCGGGCGGCUGCACCACAGCUGGAUGGAAGAGAAGCGACGCGGAGACUCCACAUGUGAUUGAAAGCUGCAAAAGAGGAAGAGAGAGUGAACACAAAAGAGGCAAUCGGUGGGGUGGAGGCGAGAGUCAGAGGAGGCGACCACUACUUGGAAGAGACAGACAGCAGUGGCAUCAGAGAUGCUGGAGAGUGCGGUGAUAACAGCGCAGCCGUCCCUCCACCCCACCGUCCAGCACUUCUGUGAGAACUCCACCCGGGUGCAUGCCGAUGGGAACCCCGCCACCAGCACCCUCAUGUUUGCCAUGGGAGUACUGGGGAACCUGCUGGCUCUGGGCAUCCUGGGGGUUCAUCGGAGAGAACGGAGGGCACGUGCCUCACCAUUUUGUGUCCUGGUGACAGGACUGGCAGUGACGGAUCUCCUGGGCACCUGCGUCCUGAGUCCGGUGGUCUUUGUCUCCUACGCUCAGCAGGCAUCCCUCCUGGCAUUGGGCUCUCAGCCGCUCUGCAAACUCUUUGCAUUUGCGAUGACUUUCUUCAACCUGUCCUCCAUGGUGAUCCUGUUUUUCAUGGCCUUUGAGCGUUGCCUGGCACUAAGUCACCCCUAUGUGUAUGCCCAGCACAGCUGGGGGCACCGCCUGGCACGGGCAGCCUUGCCUAUUUCCUACAUCUUGCCGGCACUGCUCUGUGCUCUGCCGCUGAUCGGAGUCGGAGAACAUAAGCAGUUCUGUCCGGGCACCUGGUGCUUUAUUCGGAUGGUGGUGCCACCCACAACCGGGAGAGAUGGGGCUCUGGCCUUUUCGCUGCUUUAUGCCAGCCUGACCGGACUCCUGAUCCUGGCGAUAUUACUGUGUAACGCCUCGGUGACUGCCAGCCUGUGCCGCAUGCGGAAGGGUCAGAGGGCACGGAGAGGGUCCCUGCGCAGAGGAGGCGCCCGAGGAUGGUUCCUGGGAGCUGGAGAAGAGGAGCUGGAAAAUCUCAUCCUCCUGGUGCUCAUGACCACCAUAUUCAUGGUGUGCUCGGUGCCAAUGACGCUCCGUGCCUUCCUGGGCGCUCUUUACAGCAGCGGAGAUCCAUUGGAUGAAUCAGGCGACCUAAUGGCCUUCCGGCUCAGCGCGCUCAAUCCCAUCUUGGACCCCUGGAUCUUCAUCAUUUUCCGGGGAUCUGUGUUCCGCAAACUCCACUCUCUGCUCUGCACGGCCUGGAACAAACCCACCAAACCGGUGCUGGCCUCUGGUUCUGUGGAGACCGGAGCCGUCAGCCCCAUGACCUCCAUGACUGGACCCUGAGAGAUCCCAGAGAAAUAACACCAGAAGAAGAGGCUCAGGUGUGAGGACAUCACAUGACAGGCCGCUCCGCGGGGGCGGGGCACUUACGUGGAUUUGUCCGCUACACUGUGAGGAGCAUACGGACAUUUUCUUAUUUAUUGUCGCGCCCCUGCAUUGUACGGUGUGCACUAACGGCUGCUCUCCUGUGAGACUCUGUUAUCAGCCAGCGACAACAGUGUUAAUAAGAGGAGCGCGGCUGCGGGGCCCUCCCGGACCUGGGACUACAGGGUGGACAAUGGGAGUAAUGGUGGACACCGGGCAGACCCCAAUCCAGCAUUGACCCUGAGGACACCAGAUCCUGCACUGUAACCGCACCGCCAUCCUGCACUAAACCUUUAUGAUAUCAAAGUGUCUGUGUGUCUAAUUGAUGUAGCGU